CUAGUCAAGGAGAAGAGGGAUGCGUUCAGGGAUUGAGGAGGGUGAGGCAGGGUUGGGGAGUCCUGAACAGAUCCAGACUCCAGGGUCGCUGGGCGCAUGACAACUGCGAAGCUCCAUCCCUAAUUGGUCCGCCGAGGUGAUGGGCACGCGAGUCAGCCAAGGAGAAGCCGCGUUCUAAACUUCCGGGCGCGACGGUUUGCGCGGCUCGGGGAUCUGUUGGGUUGGUGGUCCCGGCGUGAUCCCCGUGGCCUGUGGGGAAGACGAGGAGGCUGAGCCGGGAGAGGACUCCGGGGUUUGAGCAUGGCACAAGGGGACACCUUAAUAUCAGUGGAUUAUGAAAUUUUUGGCAAGGUACAAGGGGUGUUUUUCCGCAAGCAUACUCAGGCUGAGGGUAAAAAGCUGGGAUUGGUAGGCUGGGUCCAGAACACCGACCGGGGCACAGUACAAGGGCAAUUGCAAGGUCCGACCUCCAAAGUACGUCAUAUGCAGGAAUGGCUUAAGACAAAAGGAAGUCCCAAAUCACACAUUGACAGAGCAAACUUCAAAAAUGAGAAAACCAUCUCAAAGUUGGAUUACUCGGACUUCCAAAUUGUGAAAUAAUGGUCUGAAUUUAAAUUUUUUAAGAAAAACUUCAUGGUGGUGGUUUUAGUUUUUAUUGUUAAUAGAAGUAUUGUAUGUUCAAUAUUAGCAUUUGUCAGUAAGUUAUUUUAGUAUCUAAUAUUUGAUUGUCACUGUAUUAUAUGUAUGAUGGGAGGAUUAUAACUGUACAUAAUUCUAAUCAAUAAAAACGUUAGAACCUUCUGCUUAGGGUUACUUUU